UCUGGAUAAGCGGCUCGGUUCUUUGUAUUCUACUUUUUCUCCGCUGCGUCCUGCGUGAGGCUUCUUUCCGUCGAUGGCAGAAUGCUGAAGUGACGAGGGAUGGCUUGAAUGAAGGGAUCGUUUUACCACCAUAACUCAUCGGGACAAAAGUCGUUUCUUGUGGGCUCUGGGCUCUUCCGGUCACGGCUAAACAAGAGGAGCUUCCUGUUGGCGGAUUUACCGGUGCGUGUCCUCCGGUAGCGGCUCGGGGACCGACACAAACCCGGAGGAGACUGCCUGGCUGGCUGGCCGGCUCCCGUCGCGGCCUGGCCUGGGGACUCGGGGCUGAUCCACAUUGUCCGAGUCUUUUAACCCGGCACAGAGGACGAGGAGAGACCGCUGGUUUUGCUGAUUCUCGGUGCCUUGAAUCUUUUCUAGACGUUUCAAGGCUCGUACAUCGAAUAUCUCUGCGCUCGACUUCAAAGCAAUGGCGUCUUAUGUGGAUAACAGCUUUCGGCAGGCGGUGAUGAUGAAUCCGGCUGAAAGGACGCAACAGGACCUGGAGAUCGUCUACUCCUAUCUUCAUGGAAUGGAGGCAUUGUCCAACCUGCGAGAGCACCAGCUGAGGAUAAUGUGUGAGACAGUGCGCUACGAGAGACAUGAAGCCAAUGAAGUGCUGUACUACCCGGACGAUGUUGGCAGCUGCUGGUACAUCCUGCUGUCAGGCUCCGUCUUCAUUAAGGAGUCCAUGUUCCUGCCCAGAAGCAGCUUCGGGAAGCGGUCGGCCGGCAGCCUGCGGCGCGGCUGUGAGUGUAUCGUGUUAGAACCCUCCGAGAUGAUUGUGGUGGACUAUAUGGAUGAGAAUGAGGAGUACUUCCAGCGACAAGCCUCACACCGUCAGUCCCGCCGCCGCUUCAGAAAGAUCAACCAGAAAGGAGAGAGGCAGACCAUCAUUGACACCGUGGACCCUUACCCCACUGGCAAGCCGCCCGUUGCCCGAGGUUACCACACGCUCCCUGCAGACUUCAGCAGACUUCAUCUGGCUGACGGCUUGCAUCCACAGGUGACACAUGUCUCCUCCAGCCAAUCAGGAUGUAGUAUCACCAGCGACUCUGGAAGCAGCAGCCUGUCAGAUAUAUACCAGGCCACAGAGAACGAGUCAGGCGACAUGGACCUGAGCGGACUGCCAGAGACGGCCGUUGACUCAGAGGAAGACGAUGAUGAGGAAGACAUUGAGCGAGCAUCAGACCCCCUGAUGAGCCGCGACAUUGUGCGGGACUGCCUGGAGAAAGACCCAAUGGACAGAACUGAUGAUGACAUAGAGCAAUUGCUGGAGUUCAUGCAUCAGCUGCCAGCCUUUGCCAACAUGACCAUGUCGGUGCGGAGGGAACUUUGUGCCGUCAUGGUGUUUGCUGUGGUCGAACGUGCCGGCACAGUUGUCCUCAACGAUGGCGAGGAGCUGGACUCAUGGUCGGUGAUCCUUAACGGCUCUGUAGAGGUGACGUAUCCCGAGGGCAGGACAGAGAUCUUGUGUAUGGGGAAUAGCUUUGGGGUGUCCCCCACCAUGGAGAAGGAAUACAUGAAGGGUGUGAUGAAGACCAAGGUGGACGACUGCCAGUUCGUGUGUAUAGCCCAGCAGGAUUACUGCUGCAUCCUCAACCAGGUGGAGAAGAACAUGCAGAAGGUGGAGGAGGAAGGGGAGAUCGUCAUGGUGAAGGAGCACCGUGAACUGGAUCGCACCGGCACCAGGAAAGGACACAUCGUGAUCAAGGGCACAACAGAGCGUCUCACCAUGCACCUGGUAGAGGAGCAUUCAGUGGUCGACCCCACCUACAUCGAGGACUUCCUGUUGACUUACAGGACCUUCCUCUCCAGCCCCAUGGUCGUGGGUAAGAGGCUGCUGGAGUGGUUCCAUGACCCCAGUCUCAGGGACAAGGUUACACGGGUAGUCUUGCUAUGGGUGAACAAUCACUUCAAUGACUUUGAGGGAGACCCUGCCAUGACUCGCUUCCUGGAAGAGUUUGAGAACAAUCUGGAGAGAGAGAAAAUGUGCGGGCACCUCAGACUGUUAAAUAUAGCGUGUGCGGCUAAAGCCAAGCCACGAAUGGUGACCCUCACCAAGCCGUCUAGGGAGGCUCCCCUUGCCUUCACUCUCCUGGGAGGUCAGGAGAAGGGCUUCCGCAUCUUUAUCGACACCGUGGAGCCAGGGAGCAAGGCAGCAGAGGCUGGUCUGAAGAGAGGAGACCAGAUCUUGGAAGUGAACGGGCAGAACUUUGAGAAUGUCCAGCUCAGCAAAGCCAACGAGAUCCUAAAGAACAACACACAUCUUUCCAUUACUGUGAAAACCAACCUAUUAGUGUUUAAAGAGCUGCUAACCAGGCCAGAGCAUGACCAUGAGGUGGAUGGCGAGGAAGAGCUGGACAGGAAACAUAGUGCUCCUCACCUCCCAAAGAUUGGUGAUAUUAAGAAGGCGAGCCGGUACUCCAUCCCUGACCUGGCGGUGGAUGUGGAGCAGGUUAUGGGUCUGGAAAAGGUCAGCAAAAAGGCCAAGGCCAACACUGUGGGCGGCCGCAACAAGCUAAAGAAGAUCUUUGACAAGACGCUCACCAGCAUUCUGCCUCCCAAACCGUACAAUGACGUAGGCGUGGGCCAAUCGCAGGACGACAGCAUUGUGGGAAUGAAGCAGUCUAAACAAAUCCCACCGGCACUGCCUGUCAGCGGUAACCUCUCCUCGUCGAACCCAGACCUGCUACAGUCUCACCACCGCAUCCUGGACUUCAACAACCAGCCUGACAUGUCGGACCAGGUGCUACGAGUGUUCAAGGCCGACCAGCAGUCUCGAUACAUCAUGAUCGGGAAAGACACAACUGCCAAGGAGGUGGUGGCUCAAGCAAUCCGAGAAUUUGCCCUAACUGCCGCACCAGAGGCCUAUUCGCUGUGUGAGGUGUCUGUCACACCCGAGGGUGUCAUCAAACAGCGGCGGUUGCCAGAACAACUCUCUAAACUAGCGGAUCGGAUUCAACUGAGUGGCAGGUAUUACCUGAAAAGCAACAUGGAGACAGAGACGUUGUGUUCGGAUGAGGAUGCUCAGGACCUGUUGCGAGAGGGCCAGAUCUCCUUGCUGCAACUGAGCACUGUGGAAGUAGCUACACAGCUCUCCAUGCGAGCCUUUGAGCUUUUUUGUGCCAUUGAGCCCACCGAGUACAUUGAUGACCUGUUCAAACUGCACUCCAAGGCAGGCUCCGCCAGCCUCAAGCGCUUUGAGGAGGCUAUCAACCACGAGACCUUCUGGGUGGCAACAGAAGUGACACGAGAGCCCAACCAGCUCAAGCGGAUGAAGACCAUUAAGCACUUCAUCAAGAUCGCCCUGCACUGUCGCGAGUGCAAGAACUUCAACUCCAUGUUUGCCAUCAUCAGUGGUCUGAACCUGGCUCCAGUGUCCAGACUGAGGGGAACAUGGGAGAAGCUGCCCAGUAAGUAUGAAAAACUGUUCGGGGACUUGCAGGACCUGUUCGACCCAUCAAGGAACAUGGCCAAAUACCGCAACGUCCUCAACAACCAGAACCUUCAACCUCCCAUCAUCCCCUUGUUCCCCGUCAUCAAGAAGGACCUGACCUUCCUCCAUGAAGGCAAUGACUCUAAGGUGGAUGGCCUGGUGAAUUUCGAGAAGCUGAGGAUGAUCGCCAAAGAGAUCCGCCAUGUCGGCCGCAUGGCCUCGGUCAACAUGGACCCGGCGCUCAUGUUCCGAACCAGGUCUCUGAGUCAGGGUAGUGCCAAUGCAGCAGUCCUGGACGUCACGCAGACAGGCGGGCAUAAGAAGCGCGUGCGACGUAGCUCCUUUCUAAAUGCCAAGAAGCUGUAUGAGGAUGCCCAGAUGGCACGGAAGGUGAAACAAUACCUGUCCAACCUCAGCCUGGAGACAAAUGAGGAGAGCCUACAGACCCUGUCACUGCAAUGUGAACCCUCCAUCAGCACCCUGCCCAAGAAUGCCAGUGGGAAGAGGCCUGACACGUCUCCUGUGGUGUCCAGAGCUGCCAGCCAACAAAGGGGCCAACUUGCCAAAGGCAACCAGGCCCUCCAGGUCCCUGCUGUGGCUCUUCACCCAUCCAGGAAGAAAGUACCCGUUAAGGACCUGCCACCCUUUGGCACCAGUUCACCGCAGUCUCUGAAGAAGAUCCUGUCGCUGUCAGAGGAGGCCAGCGACAGGCAUCGUAGGCAGCCAGAGGACACUGUGUCCAAUGCCUCCUCCCAGCUCUCCUCCCCUCCCACAUCCCCCCAGAGCUCACCCAAGAAGGGUUAUCCCAGGAUGGGUGAUGCUUACUCAGACUCUGGUCAUAGUGAGAUCUCCUCUCGUUCCAGCCUUGUCAGUAACUCCUCCUUUGACAUGGCGCAGGAGGAGAGGAGGCUCCGUCACUCUGGCGGGGUCGGGGACCACCACCUUGGAGGGCCGCGACUGGAACGAAGACCAACUGCAGACCCUGACCAGUACAGCCUCGGCUCCUACUCCUCCAUUCAAGACUGCAGGGGUCUUUAUGCUGGCUGCCACACCGUACUCUCUUCCCCAAGCUCUGAGGAGUUGACCCAAGAUCAGGGUGACCGAGUCUCUCUGGACGCUGCAGACAGUGGACGUGGCUCUUGGACUUCCUGUUCCUCCGGUUCCCAUGACAACAUCCAGACCAUGCAGCAGGGGCGGAGCUGGGAGACACUGGCCUUUGGGGUGGGCGGGAUGGGUGGACUCCCCACAGGCGGUCCAGAGGCCCUGUUGGGUGGUCCGGCCGGGCUGUGGGCAGCCCAGGCCAGGGGGAGCUGGGCUUCAGCCAGCUCCUCCUCCUCCUCAGCGGCAUACUGGGGGGAGGACUCUGAGGGUGACACCGGGACCAUCAAGAGAAGGGGUGGGAAGGAUGUGAGUGCCGACCCAGAGACCAGCAGCAUCACCUCCACGGGUUCAGAGGAGGCCAAGCAGCACGGCCGGCCCUCCCCAUCACCCAUCACUGCCGGGGGGAAAGGACUCAUGUCGAGGAAGGAGGGCCGUUAUCGUGAGCCCCCCCCGACCCCUCCAGGGUACACUGCCCUCACCAUCUCUGACCUGGGAGAGGGGCAGCACCCAGGUCCCCCCGGACCCCUGGCACCCACACCCCCGCCAACAACACUUGGCCACUCGGGCAGGCGGCCACCCGACUACACCACGGCUCUGCAGCGCUCGCGCAUGGUCACCCAGUCGCCCGACUCCCAUCAGGCUCACCAGCGAGCCAAGCAGCGGGCAGGGGGGCUUCACCGCACACGCUCGCCAGCUGAGGAGCAGGAGCCUGAGGAGGAAGAGGAGGGUGAGUCUUUGUCUGCCAAACUUGUCGCUCUGAGGAAUCCAAAGCCAAAGCCAGUGGUACAGCAUACACCCAAGACUCCCAGACCCUAACAGGCAGGGCAGAGGAUGAACAGGUGUCAGCCGUGUGACAGACAAGACUGCAGUCCUGUGGCAGUAGCUUGAAGUCCCCUUGCACAGCGUGGGAUGGGGGCGGGGGUAAAGAGCCUGACUGACCAAUGAACUCAUCAUCAGUUAUGUACGUGCCUGCCUCCUCCACCUGGCUCUCCCUCUGGAUUGGUGGAUUCUCUCUGCUCGUCUCCCUCCCUUGCCUUAAAGCAUCAUGGGGGGUGUUUUCAACCCUGCAUGCAAAAAUGAAAAAAAAAAUACUGUGAAGAUGAGGAUUAGGGGAGGGGAUGGAGAGAAGGACAAAUAUGAUGACAAAAUGCCUGGCACUUUGUUGGAAAAGACUAGAAAACAACACACACACACACACACACACACACACACACACACUCACACACACACUCACACAAAACCACAUUGCUGUUGCUUUUGCAGUGGGGCAGAACUCCUAAUCCCCCUUCUCAAACACACACACACACACACAAGUUAAAACAACAGCAUCCUGACAUGUUGAGCUUCAUCUGCACUUUGUCAUUUUCUACUUUCUAAAAAAGAACAAGAUGAACCCUGGUUUAAAAGCGAGAGAGAGAGAGAGAGAGAGAGAGAGAGAGAGAGAGAGAGAGAGAGAG